AUGAAUAGUGGUUUCAUCACAAACAAUACUCAAAAGGGGGUUAUUACCCGAAUAUUGGGCAAUUUAAUUACUGUCUGGCCUCUUAAUGUUCAUCAGAAAAAGGCACUCAUCUUUCAAGAUAAAGCACCGAUAUCAUCACAGUAUUUAAAAGUUGGUGAUUGGAUUCAAAUGGAGGUGGAACGUGAUGAUGUGGUCGUCUAUCGUGAAAAAAUUGAACCCGUACUGCAAACAUUGGUUACAUCACGCGGAAAUGUACAGGUGAAGACAAUUCUGUAUUUUCCAAAUGGAAUAAAUAGAAACAAUGAGCACGUGAUUGGUUAUUCUGAUGAUUUAGGAGAAGUGGGUAUCUUUUUUCAGUGUCCUGAAUUGAGAGCUGACUCUUUAUAUAACGUCUGGGUAUCAAGACCUCGCAAAAAUUUUGCAUCGUUAGAAAAGCGGUAUGAUGUGCAUUGGUGUCUUGUAAAGCAAACGAUGAUUCCGUUAAUGCAGAAUGAUAAUACAAGAUGUUUGUGGGAAAAUCGAUCAGUUGAUUAUAAUUCCGAACAUUUCAAUAAUACGUUAACAGAAAGUAACGUAAAUUCACGUGAAAUCGAAUUUUCAUAUGCGCUAAGUUUUAACGAUAACGCUCUGAGAAGAUUAUACAGUGAUCCAAAAGUACGCGAAGCAGUUUACCGAUGCAGCAGCGAUCUUGCUCACUCAAUCGAAGCUUACUUGAGGAUAUCUCGUGAUUGA